AUUUCUUGGAUGAGGUGAAAAAUAAAAGAACAGAGAGCCGGAUUUGGGAGAUUUUAUCCUAAAAAAUUGGCGUAAUUUUGAAGGACUAAAUUAAAGAUAUUACUGUAAGUAAAAUAAUUAGAAAAUGGAGACGGAGUUCGAUUUUUUGUUCAAAUUGUUGAUGAUAGGAGAUUCAGGUGUUGGAAAGAGUAGUCUUCUUUUAAGUUUUACUGCCGGUACCUUUGAUGAACUCUCUCCCACAAUUGGUGUUGAUUUUAAGGUGAAACAUGUAACUGCUGGAGGUAAGAAGCUAAAGCUUGCAAUUUGGGAUACAGCCGGGCAGGAACGAUUCAGAACAUUGACAAGUUCUUAUUACAGAGGCGCCCAAGGGGUGGUUUUGGUUUACGAUGUAACACGAAGGGAAACAUUUACAAAUCUUAUAGAAGUCUGGACUAAGGAAUUCGAACUCUACUCUACAAAUAAAGACUGCAUCAAGAUGCUUGUUGGGAACAAACUUGACAAGGAAAGUCAGAGGGUUGUGACAAAGAAAGAGGGACUGGAGUUUGCAAGAGAAUAUGGCUGCCUUUUCAUUGAAUGCAGUGCUAAAACACACACUAACGUACAACAGUGCUUUGAUGAGCUUGUUCUAAAGAUUGUUGAUACACCUAGCCUUUUAGCCGAGGGCUCCAAAGGUGUGAAAAAGAACAUGUUAAGCCAGAAGCCGCCGCAACCCGAUUCUGCUGCAAGCGCUUGCUGUUGAUAUUCAUCUUUUACUUAAUAUAUAUAUAAUUAUUUACCCUUGAUUUCAGUUGUUCACAUGAAACCUAAUUUCAAUG